AUGGUGCUUCCUUCUCAGCCUUUUGCUCGCAGAUCCUACGAGUGCCGUACUCCGCGACUCGUUAUCCGGACACCCACUUCCGUAGAUGAGGAAGUAUAUUACAACCUCUCUACAGACCCGGGCAACUACCCUUACGAAAAAGCGGAGACUGAACUGACACGCGAGAAUAUAACUCAAUUCAUCAGCCAAAUGCCCGAUUACUCUUCUGCUGGGGCUGCCGCCUUCUUUGUUAUAGAGCUACGCGAAACCGGUGAGGUUAUUGGCCUCUGCGGGUACAAUGCAUUCGAAUCUCAAAAACCCGCCGAGUUUCUGAAGAAGCCGGAGGCAAGUUCUGAUCCGAUGUGGCAGACUGACAUAGGUAUUACCAUUGAUCAUAAGCACUGGAGAAAAGGCUAUGCCGUCGAAGCUUUCUGCGGUCUCGUCGAGUAUGCUCACCGAGAGCUUGGCUGUAAACUGUUUCGAGUCGAGACGGGUCUUACCAACGAACCCUGGAUGCAUUUGAUGGACUGGGUCGGGCUUUCUGCGUUUAGAAAGUCCGAUAAGUCUAUCGUUGAGAAGGAGAAGGAGGUCUGGGAUUGGCGCUUUGACGUUGAGGAUUGGGCGACAGCAAGGAGAACCAUGGUGGAAACAAACAAAUGGCCUCUUUCCUCUGCAUAA